CUACAAAAAGCAAGAACAAGAAGUAGCUGAUUAAGUCACAGGCAGGAGCCUGCUUUAGGAAGAUCAGGUUGCAAUCCUGCCUUUGUAGCUUUACACCACACCCCUUCAACAUGAAAUAAUAGGGGAGGAUCAUAUUCAGCACUGCUUUAGGAAUUCUUUCUUUCUUCAAGAAGUGUUGCUAGGAGUUUGGAAAGAUGAAGGAAGGAAGGAAGAAGGGAUGUUCCUUACCUUUAACCUUUAUCUUGCUGCUCAUCUGUAUCACUGGGCAUGCAACUACUGACUUAGAUGAUGGUGAAGAAGAGGAUGUUCUAGGUGCUGCUUUGCCACCACUGAAACUAGGGCAUUCAGUCUGUGCCAUGAAAGCAGAUGAAGGCCCAUGCAAAGCAAUCCAUGUGCGCUAUUACUUCAACAUUCAAAGCCAUGAGUGUGAAAUGUUUGAAUAUGGUGGAUGCCAUGGCAAUGAGAACAACUUUCUGUCACUGGAAGAAUGUCAGAAGAAGUGUGUGGUAACAGAAUUGCCUCUGAAGAUGAUGUUAGCAAAAAUUAAGAAAGAAAAGCCCGACUUCUGCCUUCAUGAGAAAGACCCUGGAAUCUGCCGAGGCUAUUUUUCCAGGUAUUUCUACAACAAAGAGACAAAGAAAUGUGAAGUAUUCAAGUAUGGCGGGUGCCUAGGAAACCAGAACAACUUCAAGAAUUUGGAAGAAUGCCAGACUACCUGCGAAGACAACUCAAAUUUAUUACCAAUUGUUCCAGCUGAAGAGCAUCCUAACACUGUGAACAGUAGUUCCCCAGAGGAAGAACCCAACCAGUUUCCUCGAUUGUUUGUCAAUUUGUUGUCAGCAGCUCCAAAUAAGAAGUCCAACACUCUGAACAGUAGUUCCCCAAAGGAGGAGCGCAACCAGUUUCCCAUUUUUUUCGUUAUGCAAGAGGAAACAAGAAACAGUUGGAAAAAGCCUGAGCAUUCUUACCAAGUAUUUCUGUUGGUUUUUUUUUGCAUUUACACUUACUUCUACUUUUGGGGAUUGAGUGAUGGCUUACAAAUUCUUUAAGGUUUAUGUGUUUAAUAUGAUUUGCAAGAUAAUGGGCAUGUAAGAUAGCAUUCUUGUGGUCAUUGCUUAGAAUAUGUCUAAUAAAGUUUGAAUGUGUCUUGUAUUCUACUUUGGUGGGGUUUUGGGGUUUUUUUUGCCUGCACUGUGAUCCACAUGCACUGUUGGGUUGAGGUAAGUUUCAGUGAUAGCUGGAUUGUUUGCUUACCACAUACAAAGCAUCGAUGCACUCUGUUAUUAAAAUGACGGAAUAUAAAACACUAAAACUUUUGGCAACUUAUUUCACUGUAGAAUAUUUAAAUGCUUUAAGGUAAUGGUAAUAAGUGUAGGGACAUAAAAGCGUACAUGUUUCCUGAAGGUUUUUACUGACAAUAUGAAUCCUCAAAUCCCCAAAACAACUAAUCUACAAGCAAAGGGGCAUGAUUGACUGUUUUCUCAGAGGAACUAGAAAGGUUCUUGGUAGUGUCAGCAAUAGUGAAUUUUCUGGUAGAGCAGAUUUUGGGAGGGAGAGGCGAGGGUAAGAGAAAGAGAAGACUUGAAAGUUGAUGGAAGAAAGGCUCGGGGAACAAGGGUGAGUGAAGUCAGUGUAGCUGGAUGGGUCAGGUAAUAAACGUGGCCUUGGAAGGACCAAUGUGUUUCAGUGGAAAGUCUGAAGACCCCGCAGGUUCUUCCCUACUAUAUAAUUUGUGUCUGUCUUGCACUAGCCUGCUCCAUGCAGCCACCUGCUCCCAUUCUGUUUAUCAAUCUGUACCUUUCAGGCUGCUGGGAUGUGCUAAAAUUUUGUGCUUUGUGCAAUCCCACUACGGGAGGAGGUACAUCUAUUUUGCUGUAUAUUGGCCUGGCUAUGUAUCAUCUUCUUUUUUAAAUACAUGACCACCAUUAAAAAAAAAAAAAUUGCAAGGAGUUGUCUCUUAUAGAAUACCUUACCUCAAAAUUGAAAUGCUAUUUCAUCUUGAUUUCAAGAAAAAAUACAUAUUAUUGGUGGUAUGUAUAACUCUGUAAUCAUAUCAGAUGGAUAGAUUUUCAACAAAGAUCUUUCUCUUCAGAAAAUUAAACUCUUUUAUGGCCAAACAAAACAAGCUGCUGCUUUUUUUCUGCACAUAAACAUGAAACUUCUAGUGCUAUCUCUCAGCAAUGAACUUUCUGUGGAGUAUGAAGAUUGUUCUGGUCUUACUUUGCUGCAAGAUGUAAAAUAACUUUUAUUCUGGGAAAGUUAAGAGAAAGUGAAGCCAAGAAUCAAACCUUUCAUUUUUAGAUUAUACGAAGUGAUCUAUAGCAGGAAAUUACGAGUGCUAUACUCUACACUUGAUUUGUGAGAUCUAAGCGGGAUGCAGGAUCAAAAGUCAAUUUUCAACUCAGCAAAUAUGGAAUGGCACACAGAGGCAGUUCCUGUCAUUACUUCUCAAAGUCAGGGCCGUAUCUUUUGCUGAUAUAAAUUGACAUAGUUCUAUCCGCUAUAAUGGAUCUGCACCAAUUAUACCUAUAGAGUACUGUCAAGUGCAGAUGACUCAUUAUUUUUGUAAUAGCUUGGCUACUUGAAGAUUCUUUUAUUUUCUCUUUGCUGCAACCAGAAAUGAGAUGCUGAAGUCUGCAUAUAUCAAAAAUCUGGCAAUAAAUCUGAAGCUUCAUGAAUGUUGCACACCUGCGUCUAGCGAAAGAAAAUGCAGUAGGCAUUGUUUCUCAUCCAGCUCACCAGGAUCAUUUCAAACUUCUUUAGUCCUGUGAUCAAUUAACAUUUCAUUGUCACACAACCCCAGCUAAGCCUGAGGGAUGGUGAUUAUUGUUGCAAUGCAGGGCUGGGAUUAUUUUUGAUAAAUAUGAGUCUAUAUCUGAAUAUGCAUGUUUCAGAAAUUCUGAAGUAUGAUCAUGUCAUCUGUUCACACCACAGAGGGGGGUGCCUGGGAUUCAAGAAAAGACUGUAUUAUAAGAAUUAAAUCUUAAACCAUCCACAUUUGAAGAUUGUUUAGGCAGCAUUAGUUAGAUUGUUUAGCUUCACAUUUCCAUUUAUGCAUUCAGAUCUCUGCUAUCUCAAUUCUGAUGCUACUUGAAGGAAAACGGCGCUCCUUUAGGUCCCUCAUAACUGAUCAUGUAAUGGCUCCCAUUCACUUUCGUGCAUCUUGUGCAGCAAUUGUGUCAGUUCUGAUUUUGUAUCUGAGUCACUCCAGGGUGACAGAUGAUGGAGUUUCUCCAGGUUUGGGAGUUCUGGCAUGGAUUUCCUUCUUGAACUUGGUCCAGUGCCCAGGUAUUUUGGACACCUCAGGUUCAUCUUCCAGUGUUUCAGUUCUCACACUCUCACUUGCAGUGACACAGAAGAAACAAACCAUCAGCCUACUCCUUGGAAUGGUAAAAACCUAACAGCAGCACUAAAGCACCAGCAUGUCAGUCGCUUUGUGCACUUAUUCUUCACGUUUAAUCCUUUGUUAUUCUGCAAGUUACAAGCUAUUUCUUGAUAAUUGCUCAGUAUUUUCCAAUAGACCAACUUCUGUUACUUAGGUCAAGCUUUCUGUAUUCAUAUGACAAAACCAAUACUAAGGUGUUGAAUCUUACAUUAGAAUCGUACAUUGGAAAUGCUGGAUACUUUUAUAUUUGAUUUCAGAAUGUCUAGCAGUAAUUAGGAAAAUUCACUUCAUUAAUUAUCAUAAAUAUUUACCAUAUUUUUUAAAGCUGUCCAAGUUUAAUUUAUUUCACUUUCUACAAAUACUUCACUUGAAACUUCUCUAAUUGAAUUUGAAUACUAUGUCCUAUCACAGAAAUGGCAAUUUUAUCACUAAAUAUAUAGGAAACAAACCUUGCUUUCAGGUAAGCUUUUGCUGGCUUUUGGAAUUCAAAGACAGAAUAACGCUUGCUGUAGUAUUUUUUGUAAUCAUAAAAAGAUGCUUAUGUAAAAUAUCUUGUAUUUUCAGGAGGGCAGAGUUAAAUUUGCCAGUAAAUUUCAUAUAAAUUCCAACGUUCUGUAAGCUUCAAAUCUCAUGUAAAAUAUCAACAUAACAGAAAACUGGUAAACUGCAGUGUUGUCUCUAACCUUGGUUUUCUUGGUGU